UACGCAAUAAACAGUCGGUGGAAAGUGGACAGUCAGUGCGCUUCCAUGUUUACCUACUAGUCGUGAAGUAUAAAUUAUUGAAUAUGUCUGAAUCAAAAGACGAAAAAUUGUCUAUCAUAAGAGAAGUUGACUGGUUAUGCGUUGUUUUAAAUAUCCAAGUAGCAAUUUCUUGUUUUUGUGGACUACAUUUUGUUGUCUAUGAUGCCUAUUUUCUCACAACAAGUUUCAGUUUAUUGCUGAUAUUACUUUCUACACUUGGGGUAACAGCCGGAGCGCAUAGAUUAUGGGCACACCAUUCCUACGAAGCAACAACUUCACUGAGGGUAUUUCUAAUGCUUUGUCAAACAUUAGCGGGACAGACUUCUAUCUACAACUGGGUUCGUCUCCACCGACUUCAUCACAAAUAUUUUCAAACAGAAUUGGAUCCGUUUAAUCCUCAAAAAGGUUUUAUUUAUUCUCAUUUUAUAGCAAACAAUUUAAAAUUAAGUCAGGCUCAAGAGAAAUUGUUAGAAGAAAUCGACAUGUCGGAUUUAGAACAAGACAAAAUUGUGAUGUUCCAGAAAAAGUAUUAUUGGUUUCUUUUUGUAAUUGUAACUUUACUUUUGCCAAUAAAUGCUCCUGUAGAAUAUUGGGAUGAAACCAUAUUGAAUUCAUUUUUCAUACUUGGAUGGUUACGUUUGGGAAUUAGUUACCAUUUAAGGCUACUAAUUCACAGCGGAAUAAAUAUUUUUGAUUUCAAACAAACUGACAGGAAUUCCUAUGAUAGCAAUGCAGUUUUCUUCGUUAACAAAUCUUAUUGGAUUUCUUACCAUUAUAUAUCUCCAUGGGAUUACCAAGCGAGUGAAUAUGGCAAAUAUGGCACUGAUUGUACUUCUAAAUUUAUCCGAGUUUGCGCUGCAUUGGAACUUGCAACAGAUUUGAAAACUGUCGAUAGUCAAAUGAUUCAAGAAGCUUUGGCUAUAUGUGUUAAUGAAAAAAAGCCGAUAGGGGAAUGUUUGACACGAAUAGAGAAAAAAUCUCAUGAUAGAUUGUUAAAACAUUAUCUAACUCCAUCGAAAUAUUAUUAGUUUUGCAAUUCUUCGUUUGUUUCAAUCAAAUACAAUAAAGAGUGGUUAAGAGGCUUAUUUUACAUUGUUUUAAGCGUAUUGUUCUGUAAUUGGUAAUAAAAUUUGAUUAGUUAAAAAAAGGAAAAAUGGUUUGUACGUUUUAUAAAUUUAUUCCACAAUUUUUUGUGUACAAGGUUUGUCUUUUUAUACAAUUAUCUAACAAUAAAUUCUUUCACAAACCGAA